AUGGUUGUUACUCGGGUGAAACGAGCCAAAACACGGCAAAACGCUACAGCCGCGGAGGACGGCGCUACAGCCGCGGAGGACGGCUCUACGAGUGUACGAAAAAAGAAGCUCGAUAAACGGCUGGUUGUGGAUCAUCACGCGGGCGAGGAUGCUCUGCAGUCGGAUGAGGAGGAUGGAGAAUUGAACCGCGUGGGUAACAUCGAUUUGAGUCUGUACGAGGACGAGGAGCAUGUAGGUUACGAUAUAGCGGGGAACAAAAUCGACCAGGUGAUGAAGUUGAAAGAAAGUGAAAUCGACAACUUGCUACGAUACGCAGAUGACCCGGAUGCGUGGCGGACGGUGGUGGAUGCGAAGAACCAGACAGAGUACCGUAUCAGUGACGCGGAAUUGGAGAUUAUAAGGCGUCUGAAAGAGGGUCGUUUGGGUUUGACUGAAUUGAACGAAGAAGAUUUCCAGGUGGAGUUUGAAUGGACGGAGAACCAACAGCCAUUGAAGCGACACUUUAGCCGUAAGGGUAAAUUCCUACCAGGUGAGGGAGAGGAGAAGAAGAUCAGGGCUAUUCUCAAGGCGAUUCGGGAGGGCCGUUACUACUCGCGCCGGGAGAAACACAAGUCCGUGGACCCCUUCGAUGUUUGGGGUGAGAAUAUUACGGUGGCUUACGACAAGAAGGGCCGGCCGCUCAAGCCGAUAUUGCCUGCGCCUAAGCUGCCUCCGCCAGGGCAUGCCGAGUCAUAUAAUCCGUCGCCUGAGUAUUUGUUCGACGAGGAGGAGAAGAGGCAAUGGGAGGAGGCGCAUCCGGACGACAAGAAGUACGAUUUUAUACCUACUGCACACAAGUCCCUUCGCCAAGUGCCGGGCUAUGCCGAAUUGGUGAAGGAGAAGUUCAAGCGGUGUCUGGACCUGUACCUGUGUCCGCGAAGCAUGAGGUUGAAUUGGAUCGAAAACUCGGACGACCUGCUGCCCGAGUUGCCCUCUUUGGACAACUUCAAACCUUUCCCACGAACCCAGGGCAUCGUAGUCAAGGACCACGGCAGCAGCGUAGUGUCUCUCGCUUUCUGCAGGCACUCUGGGGUCCUGGGCGCCGGUUACCGUGACGGCUCCUUGGCCAUCCACAACGUAGCUAGCCAUCCGCACUACCUGCCUGAGUUUUACGCGCACACCAAGAGCCAGACGAAUGCCUACGCUGUGGAGAGUCUGGCCUUCCACCCCGUUCUGCCCCUGAUGGUCUUCAGUCGCGGCAGUUACCUGUACAUUACGUUGGUUCGACGGCCGCAGACGUCUUUCACUGAAUUGCGGGCGUUCGUGAAGCAGUACUGGGGUGUGCCGGAGCAUGAAGCCAUAGACCCCGCCGAUGUGUCCCCACACCUGCAGCAGUAUCGCGAGGCGGUGGAUGCGAUGCGUUGCAGCGAGGACGCUGUCUCCCUUAUGAGUCUGGGUAGUCGGCCGAGCAAAGUGGGACAGUGGAAGGCGUUUCGUUCAUACACAUUUUUUGAGGACUAUGAAGAGCCUGGUCUCGGCGACGACGAGGGCAGUAUAGAGACAGAGGGGGACGUGGAAGACAGUGGUUUCGAAGAGUUGCAGGCCAAGGACUGGGUUGAAACGUGUCGGUUUGUUGACUGUUUGCAAAAGAAGAACAAGUACGUCGUCGCCGGCUUCGUCGUGGCACUAGGUGCCCGCGCAAGCGCCGUUGCGAUCCAUCCCAAGGGCGCAUACGUGGCCACGGCGGCGGCUACAAGCCAGCUGAAGUCGAGUCAGUGUCUGCUGCACCACCUGAAGAAGAAAAAAUCGCUCGCGCCUUUCCGCAAGACUCAGGGCAUGCACCAGGUUGAGAGCGUCGCCUUCCACCCUACCAAACCCUACCUCGUGGUCGGCUACCCGAAGGCCACCAAAGUGUUCGAUUUGCAGCCCAAGAGCAAAGUGCACAUUGCCAGCGCCGAACACGACAAGGAAUCCAAAUCCAUGGCACACACUGUGCACAAGUUCCGCGGAACUGACCAAGCUACCGGUAUGGAAUUACACCCCAGCGGCGAACACAUUAUUCGUACAGGGGUCGAUGGAAAGUUUCAGUGGUUCGAUACCCAGUACAGCGAACUGCCUUACAAAACAAUAUCGGUCGCAGAGUCACUCACCGCCGUCAAACAUCACCCUUACCUCCCUCUAGUCGCCGCCGGAUCAAGUGAGUCAUCCAUUCAACUCUUCCACGCCGCGGAAGACAGUCUCACUGAAAUCAAAAUAAACCCACUUGUCAAACUCGUAGACCAUACUUCACAUGUUACCGCCCUUGCUUGGGCACCCAACUCUCAUUGGCUCGCCUCCGGGCACUCCAACGGCCGGAUCGUUGUGUGGGUUUAG